CGGCGCAGCAGCUGUCGGGUAAAGCUACAAUUAAAGUUGAGCAACAAUAGCUAACAUUUUGUGUUCAAAAGUCGUUAAUUCAAUUAGCUACACAGGUAUGCCUAUAUUUCCUACAAAAUUGCGAGCUUGCCGCCGAACGAGCGAAUUGAGAAUCAGUUGAACGCAAACAACCGAAGCGCAAAGAAGCAUCAGCUGAAGCAAUUGAAGCUAAAUAACGGAACAUUUAAUUGUUGAUUUUUUUGGAAACAAUAAUUUAUAUAAGUUGCAGUAUGACGACUACCUUUACAAUUAAUGGACAGCCUUUUACUGUGAAUCUGAGCAACUUGCCGGCAGAUAUCACGUUGAACACCUUUAUCAGGGAGCACGCGCAGUUGACAGCGACGAAGUUCAUGUGCCUGGAGGGCGGCUGCGGCGUCUGCGUUUGCGUGUUGCGCGACGGGAAGCGCAGCUGGGCGGUCAACUCGUGUCUGACUCUGUUAAAUAGCUGCGCGCAGCUGGAGAUUGUGACUUCGGAGGGACUGGGCAACAUGCGAAGCGGCUAUCAUCCCAUACAGAAGCGUCUGGCCAAGCUGAAUGGCACCCAGUGUGGCUACUGCUCGCCGGGAUUCGUUAUGAACAUGUACGGGUUGCUGGAGUCAAAUGGGGGUCAAGUGAGCAUGACCGAGGUAGAGAACGCUUUCGGUGGUAACAUUUGCCGCUGCACCGGCUAUCGGCCCAUACUGGAUGCGAUGAAGUCAUUUGCCGUGGACAGUUGCAUUCAACUGCCAGCUGAGUGCAUGGACAUUGAAGAUCUAUCGGCGCGUAAUUGCCCCAAAACGGGCGAGCGUUGCGCAGGCAGCUGUGUGAGCUCCAAUUUGGUCUACGCGGAUGGCAGUCAGUGGCAUUGGCCACAGUCCCUGAGUCAACUGUUUGAAGCAUUGGACCUGGUGGGCGAGGAGAAGUUUAUGCUUGUCGGUGGCAACACGGCGCAUGGAGUUUAUCGUCGUGCGCAGGACAUUAAACACUUUAUUGAUGUACGCGCCGUGGCAGAGCUACACGAGCAUAGCAGUGAGCCGCAGCAGCUCAAGUUGGGCGCCAAUCUGAGUCUCAGCCAGGCCAUGGACAUUCUCAAAGAUACUUCUAACAAGUCAGGCUUUGAGUACCUGAAGCAGCUCUGGCAACACUUGGAUCUCAUUGCCAAUGUGCCUGUUCGCAAUACUGGAACACUGGCGGGCAACCUAUCCAUCAAGAAAGAACAUCCAGAGUUUCCAUCCGAUGUCCACAUUAGCUUCGAAGCCCUAGAUGUGAAAGUCGUGGCCUCGCAGAACGCCAAAGAUGAAAAACAAAUGUCAAUGGCUGAUUACUUGACGUCGAAGGAUAAAAAGCUCGUGCUUAAGGCAUUUCUUUUGCCUGCUUAUGGCACGGAUAAGUUCAUUUACGAAUCAUAUAAGAUUAUGCCACGUGCCCAGAAUGCGCAUGCGUAUGUGAACGCUGCCUUUCUGCUGGAACUGGACGAAGAGGCGAAGGUGAAAAAUGCUCGCAUUUGCUUUGGUGGCAUUCGACCGGACUUCGUGCAUGCAACGGUUAUUGAGCAGCUGCUGGUCGGACGUAAUCCCUUUGACAAUGCACUACUGGAGCAGGUAUUUGGCAAACUGUCGACGUUGCUGCAGCCAGAUGAGAUUCUUCCGGAUGCAUCUCCCGCCUAUCGCUUGAGUCUGGCUUGUGGACUGCUCUACAAGUUCCUUUUGAAACAUGCUCCUAAAGAGGACGUGAGUGAGGCAUUUAAAAGCGGAGGCCAACUACUGCAGCGUCCAUUAUCCUCGGGCACUCAGUUGUACCAGACCCAAAAGCAAAACUAUCCCGUUACGCAAGCAGUGCAAAAGGUGGAGGGCAUGAUUCAGUGCUCGGGCGAAGCGACCUACAUGAAUGAUGUUUUGACUACUUCGAAUACUCUACACUGCGCAUUUGUGGGAGCUACCAAAGUGGGCGCCAGCAUAGAGCAAAUUGAUUCAACGGAAGCCCUUAAACAGCCUGGUGUGGUAGCCUUCUACAGUGCCAAGGAUGUGCCCGGUACAAAUACGUUCAGUGAUCCGAACUUUGGCUACGAACCUGAGGAGAUCUUCUGCACCACACAGGUCAGGCACUUUGAACAACCAGUCGGUGUAGUGGUUGCCCUUACUGCAGAUAUUGCCAAACAAGCAGCCCAGCUGGUAAAGAUCAGCUAUGGGCAGCAGUCUGGAGUGUAUAAAGUAUUGCCCAGCUUAAGCGAUGUAUUGGAUAUGUCACCGAAGCCAGAGGCAUCGCGCAUCAUUCGUGAGGUCUCAGCUAAGCCUGGGACGUUGAAGUGCUCGGCAACGCCGGAUAAGACUGUGCGAGGAGUCCUACAGAUUGGACUACAGUAUCACUUUACCAUGGAACCCCAGACAACGGUAGUGGUGCCUUUCGAGGAUGGUCUCAAAGUUUACUCCGCCACCCAGUGGAUGGAUCAUACGCAGUCAGUAAUUGCUCAAAUGUUGCAGCUGAAAGCCAAGGAUGUGCAGCUGCAGGUACGACGCUUGGGUGGAGCCUACGGCGGCAAAAUAACACGCUGCAAUCAGGUGGCUUGCGCCGCCUCUUUAGCUGCUCAAAAGCUGAAUCGACCCGUGCGCUUUGUGCAAUCCCUUGAAUCAAUGAUGGAUGCGAAUGGCAAGCGCUGGGCCUGUCGAUCCGACUACCAGGUCCAUGUUCUGAACAGUGGAAAGAUUGUGGGUCUCCAGAAUGAUUUCUACGAGGAUGCCGGCUGGAAUAAGAACGAAAGUCCCAUCGAAGGACAUUCGACGAUUACCGCAGCAAAUUGCUACGAGUUCAACGAUUCUAAUUAUAAAAUUAAUGGAAAUGCUGUGCUGACGGAUGCGCCCAGCUCAACCUGGUGCCGAGCACCAGGCUCUGUUGAGGGCAUUGCUAUGAUGGAGAACAUUAUUGAGCAUGUGGCCUUUGAGGUGGAGCAUGAUCCAGCUGAGGUGCGGAUGCUUAAUUUGGCUAAAGGCAACAAAAUGGCAGAGUUGCUGCCUCAGUUUUUGCAGUCGAGGGAGUAUCAGGCGCGACGCAAGGAAAUCGAGGAGCACAAUAAAAAGAAUCGUUGGACCAAACGUGGGCUUGGCCUGGCUAUAAUGGACUAUCCCAUCUUCUACUUCGGGCAGUAUCCGGCUACUGUCGCCAUUUAUCAUGUGGACGGCACAGUCGUUGUCACCCAUGGCGGCAUUGAAAUGGGUCAAGGCAUGAACACGAAGGUUGCGCAAGUUGCGGCCUUCACGUUGGGCAUCGAGUUGGACCACGUCAAAAUCGAAUCGUCAAACACCAUAAAUGGUGCCAACUCCAUGGUUACGGGUGGUGCUGUUGGUAGCGAAAGCCUCUGUUUUGCAGUUCGUAAAGCCUGCGAAACACUCAACGCUCGGUUGCAGCCGGUGAAGAAGCCAAAAGCCACAUGGCAGGAAACAGUGCAGGCAGCCUAUGCUGCCUCGAUUAACCUGAUUGCGUCGGAUCAUUAUAAAGAGGGCGAUAUGCAGAACUACCAUGUUUAUGGAAUGGCGCUGACCGAGAUCGAGCUGGAUGUACUUACCGGCAACAAUCAGAUCAAGCGCGUCGACUUGCUAGAGGAUGCUGGUGAAAGCCUCAGUCCCAACAUUGACAUAGGUCAAGUCGAGGGAGCAUUUGUCAUGUGCCUGGGCUACUGGCUCAGUGAGAAGUUAAUCUAUGAUCGACAAACUGGACGCCUCCUUACGAAUCGCACAUGGAACUACAAGCCACCUGGUGCCAAGGAUAUACCCAUUGAUUUUCGCAUCGAACUCGUUCAGAAUCCACAGACCAGCAGUGCUGGCUUUAUGCGCUCUAAGGCCACAGGUGAACCACCCUGUUGCUUGGCUGUCAGCGUGAUCUUUGCUCUGCAGCAGGCAUUGCAAUCGGCUAGAAAGGAUGCCGGAUUACCUAGAGAGUGGGUGCGUCUGGGUGCGCCCACCACACCUGAAACGUUGCUAUUGAAUGCAGGACAUGAUGUCAAAACGUUUAGACUCAAGUGAAGAAAAUUAAAUAUUGUAACAGAAAUAUACACAGAUAUAUAAGGUUCAAUGUGUAUUUACA